AUAACUUUGAGUUGGCCAUCAUUCUAGUUAUUGUACGAUAUGAGUAUGGCAAGCAAGUUCCUGCCUGUCAAAGACAAAAAAAUGGGCCUAGAUAAGGAUGUGAAGAGGGAACCGUUGGACAUCAAAUCAAACCCCAGUGAACCUGAGGACCCCAGCCAUUCCAUCUUAUCUGACCCAGAAGAUUACUUGGAAGAGAAUGAAUCGCUUGACAUGAACUUGACUAAUGGUGCACAAAAGAUCUGGUUGGUUAAAUUGCCCAGGUAUUUGGCCGAUAAGUGGUCUAAAACAAACGACUUGAGUGGGAAGCAAAUUGCCACCGUCAAGAUUAAAAAGAAUACAAGCGGAGGCAAGCUUCAGGUCAAAUUGGUGCUUGACAAGAAAGAAUCCAAUUCCGAUAUACCACAAGAAUAUGAUAUUGCUAUGUUGAAUACCCAGGUCAGAAACUCAUAUGUAUUCAGCGAAGAAAACUUGAAAAAGUUCAAGCAAGAAUUAACAGAAGUCGGAGCGAUGCCGGAACAACCAGAAUUAAAGUCCAUAGAGAAAAGAGGAGAAUUCAUCCCACCGGAACCAGAACAAACCGGCAGGUUCUAUCGUAUACAAAAGAAUGAUAGCUCUGAAAAGGCAAUUCCAUUCGUCAAGACAAUUCCAAAAAAAACUGCAUUGGCAGGUAAGAUCUGUCACGAUUGUCAAAUUGUGCCAUCGAAGAAUGAUUCCAGAUACAGUGAAAUUUUAUCCAAGAGACAAAAUAUAACUCAGGGCCCAGCCAGACCAAAGGUGACAUUCUUGAAUGAAAUCCCAGGUGUGUUACAAGCUAACGCUGGUCCAUCGAUUAGGGGUAAUAAUUCAUCCAUAUUCUUGAAGUCGAACCACAAUAAAAGAAAUGCUGAGGGAAGAGCCAUCAGAAUGCCCAAGAAGGAUUUAUUGGAUUUAUUAUUCAGAUUGUUCGAAGAAUACGAAUAUUGGUCUAUGAAGGGUUUGAAGGAAAGGACCAGACAGCCUGAGUCGUACUUGAAAGAGUCUUUAGAUUCAAUCGCAAACUUGAUCAAGAAGGGACCUUAUACAUCCAAGUACAACUUAAAACCUGAAUACAGGAGAUUAAGAGACGCUGAAAGAGCAGUCAGAUUGGGCUUGGAUGCUAACGCUGAUGAUAACGAUAACAAGGAUGACGAAGACGAUGACGAUAUGGAGGAUGUCGUUUAAAUAGGCUUUACAAAUGUCAUAUCUAUUAAACCGUAUAAGAUCCCAAGAGACCUUAUUAUAUAUUAAAUAUACAAUAGAUUAGAAACAAAACUAUGAAGU